GCCAGGAGGUAGCACACGCAGGGACGUCACUGAUGUCCCAUGCGUGCGCCCAUAGCAACAAUCUCGGAGGACCGGAGCAGCGAGGAGAACACGCGCUGUCAACUUGGUAAGUGUUACCAGCGGGGCAUCUCCUUCGGUGUUCCGAGCACCGAAGUGGGACAGUACACAGGGAAUUACAACCUAAUGUUGGGGAACUACAACCUAAUGUGGGGGUAACUAUACUGCCAUCCUAAUGUGGGGGUAACUAUACUGCCAACCUAAUGUGGGGGAAAAUAAGAUAUAUGCAGUGUGCAUAGGAAUUUGUUCAUAGUUUUUUUUUAACUAUAGUCCGGCCCUCCAACGGUCUGAGGGACCGUGAACUGACCCCCUGUUUAAAGAGGAGACAAGUGCAGUAAGUACUGAGUGACAGUGAGACAGGAGCAGAUACUGCAGUGAUGGACAAGUUUUUGAAAAGGAAAGAACUGGACUCUGAACAAAAUUCGCAGCCAGAUGAGAGCCCAAGUAUGAGUGGGGAUCAAAAGAAAGCAAAGAUGGUUAGCUCAAGCAAAUUCUCUGGCACAAGGCAAUAUAGCGAAAGCUAUAUUUCAUUUGGAUUUACUUUCACUGGAGAUGCAAAGAAACCAACUCCACUGUGCGUGGUGUGUGGUGGAAAGCUAUCUAACAGUGCUAUGGUCCCAAGUAAACUUAAACGCCAUCUCCAAAUGAAACACCCUUCACUUCAAAAUAAGAAUGCGGACUAUUUUGUUCGCCUGCGUGAAAACACGGAGAAACAGGCAACUUUCAUGAGAAAAACCACAAAGGUAAAUGAAAGAGCUCUUAAAGCUAGCUAUCAAGUUGCUGAACUUAUAGCCAAGUCAAAAAAGUCGCACACUGUGGCAGAGACAUUAAUACUUCCCGCCUGCAAAGCUAUUGUAGAGGAGAUGCUAGGACCUGAAGCAGCUAAGGAAAUAGCCAAAGUCCCACUCUCAGACAACACAAUUUCCAGACGUAUUAAUGACAUGUCUGCAGACAUCGAAAGUGUGGUUUUGGAAAAGAUCCGUAUCAGUGAGAAAUUUGCAUUGCAACUUGACGAGUCUACUGAUAUCAGUGGACAUGCUCAACUUUUGGCCAAAGUCUCUAAAGACAGAGAGAGACUGAGAGCUGUUGAUGAAGAGCUACAUGUGUGUCUUUCUUCGAUUCCUGCCAGAAUAUCAGCUUUGUGUUCAGAAAAACAGGCCCAGGUUUCGCACUGAGUAAGUAAACAGAAAUAUGAACAAUUAUAAAAUAAUUUCUUUUUGCUUAUUUGAUUCCUAUUCAAGAGAAUUACUUUA